UGUUAGUCAAGACCACACAGUAACGUCAGGCGCUCCGACAUUCAGACAUACUAUUCACGAGCGAAGCACGCGUUGUUUGCCGCGCAAUUGAGUGUUUUGUGCGAACUUAUACCCAGUGUUAGUGAUUGUGCCUGUAUUUCUGGUUUAAACAGAGGUAUCAUGAUAUAAACAACAUUAAAUAACACAAAAUACCAAAAUGAAGAGAUUGCAAACUUUUUGUUGUUGUGCGUCCACGCGCACUGGCUCCAUCAUCACAGCAUGUCUUGGAAUAAUCCUGGCAAUAGCUACAAUUAUUAUGAUAUGGGUACUCGACAGGCACAAUGUAUCCUACAGGACAUUUAUAUUCGCUGAAGACUUUGACAAGAAACUUGCUGACAUGGACAUUCCAAGGAUAAUAUUAACAAUCAACCUGUGUUUUACCGUCCUUAUCUGUGGCCUUCUAAUCAUAGCAAUUUUAAAGACAUCGUACUCGAGACGAUCCUGGUUAAUGCUGCCCUGGGUGGUGUUAGGUAUAGUACUGGCAAUCGGGCUUCUGAUCAGUAUCCUUCACACCUCUAUCACCUAUUACUUGGAUGAACAAGACCGGACUAUUCUCGCCACUUUUAUAUUGAUCGGUGGCCUAAUAUAUUUAUGUAUAUAUCUGUACCUGUGGGCGAUUGUGUUCAGCCACUAUCUGGAUGUCCGUGACGAGGAAGAGCGCGGAAGAUAUCGAAAAGCACCUUACAAACGAUAAACCAAUCGAUUUUAAUUUAUUUUUAUGACUGACGUAUGCUUAUUUAAUUAACAACUAAGAUAUUGUAUGUAGCGUUUAACUAAAACAGCGUUUCAAAUGUAUUUUCUUCACACAUAAGUUAUAUACACCAAAAAAAUUGAAUAUAUACAUCAAUAUCUUUUCUCACUAGGGUUGAGUAAAUGCAUGUCUAUAUAAUUACAAAAUGCUCCCAGCGAUGCACG